CGGUGCGAGUGCAGGUUCUUUGAGGAUGCGCGUGCCGGUGCGGGCGCGGUGCGGGCGCAGCAUGCUCACAGCCGUCGGGGGCCUCCUGCGCCUCGGUCAAGGGGCCACACGGGUCCUUCCGCCCCGGGGUCUCCCCUGCUGUUCCAGCGCCGGCGCCCCCAGCGAACCCGGGCCGCGAGGUCACGGGAAGCUUCACAGGGUCCCCGCGCAGCACACGCCGUCGCCAUUCGACAAGAAAAUCCUGCUGUGGACCGGGCGCUUCCAAUCCAUGGAGGAGAUCCCGCCCCGAGUCCCGCCAGAAAUGAUAGAUGCUGCGAGAAACAAAGCCCGGGUGAAGGCGUGCUACGUAAUGAUUGGACUCACGGUUGUUGCCUGCUUGGCAGUGAUCACAUCAGCCAAAAGGGCUGUGGAACGACAUGAGUCUUUAACGAGUUGGAACCUGGCAAAGAAAGCGAAGUGGCGUGAAGAAGCUGCAUUGGCUGCACGGGCUAAGGCUAAAUAAUAUUCUAAGUGGCAACGUGUUCCCCUCAAUGUCAUCAGCAACAAUAGAAGAUGGGGAAAAUAGAGGAUAACACAAUAUUUGCCAUGGUUUUAUUCGGGUAACAAGAAGCACAAGGCCUUUUUAAUUUUUUAGUAACCUUUUAUUGAGGCACACCCUACAUUCACAAAGUGCACUAGUGAUAUAGUGUGAUAGAUUUUUAUGUAGCAAACACACCUGUGUAACCACAACCCAGCAAGAUGUGGAGGCUCAGCGGUACCUGGGAGCCUCCCUCUUACCCUCUCUCCGUCAUUACCCCUAAAGACAGCCAUUCUUCUGAGUUGUAUCACCCUAGAUUAAUAUUGCUUGUUUUUGAACUUUUUGUUUAAAUGGAAUUAGACAGUA